GUCAUCUCAGCACCAUCACACCCGACCGCGCGCGGCAAACCUUGUCGUACUUUGAGCAUCUGGCCUUUUCACAGAACAUGGCGCCACAGUCUCCAUUGCCAUCGCCUGCUCUUGCCGGUUCCGCUCGUGGCAAGUCCAACCACGCAGCAUCGGCCGGUUCAGGCGCUGGCGGCUUGGGUCUACCAGGUUUCUUGCGACGUAGAAGAGCAGUCUUGUUCCUCCUAUUCGCCUCCAUCACUCUUCUUUUGCUCUUGAACCACUCCAAGCCUGCUGUCAUUGGUAGCGGCAUACGAUGGGUCAAGGACAGCAUGCGACCUGUGACGGGUGCGGAUAAGAACGCCAGCAUUGCUCGAUUGGGUCCUUUGCCGCACGUCGAGGAAGAUAGACUUUUCGGCACCCCUUUGGCAGGAGUUGGAUUGCAGCCCGCACCUGCUCUCAUCUCUCUCGCUCAAGAGCAGAAUGCGCCUUUGCCAGCGAAUACAAAGUUGUCAUCGGAUGGGAAAGGCUCAACUUCGAGCACCAGACCACCCAAGUUGACAGAUGUGCCUACUAGACUCGUCAUGCUCUUGAGGCUACUCAAGGAUCCCGACUGGACGGUUCCUCAGAGAUCAGCGGCUAGACAGCGCCUGGUCGACCCGACCGGUAAGCAGGUGGUGGAAGCUUUGAGCAAGGGUAGCGGCGGGCAACAGGAAGCGGACGAGUAUGUUCAAUCCCCAGCGCUUUGGGCAAAGAAGCACCUCCCGCCUCUCGUGAUCUUUAGCAAGACCUAUUGUCCUUUUUCGGCUCGGGCCAAGGCUUUGCUCAGAGAAUUAGGUGCCAAAUUCGAUCCGAUCGAGGUCGAUCUGCGCAAAGAUCCCGAGGAAGUCAAGAGCGUCAUGACUUUGCUCUCGAGUGGUCAUGCGACUUUUCCCACGAUCUUCCUCGGCGGACAGAUGAUUGGAGGCGCUGACGAUCUGAUUGCACUGCACAAGGAUCUGGGUAUACUUGAAGGCAUGCUCCGCGGCGCUGGCGCCAUCUAGACUGUCCACCAUGUACUCUACAUUGCUGGGUUUCGCGCUUGCUGCAUGGACGAUGGAACUAUAGCUUUCGACGCUCGUCAAUUUGGAGGCACAAUCACAUGUGAAACUCGGAUCGAACAAGAAGUUGCGGUGGCGCGUGCAGAAAGGAUUGCGCAUGUGGACGCUGGUGUACACAAAGGAA